AGAGAGGAGGGAAGCACCGAUGGAGGAGGCAUUAUAUACCGCUGGAUCCUCAUUGGGCUGCCAGUUUCUCGGCUGUACGCGGCAACGAUUGUACCUCUGCCUCGAUAAACGAUAUUAUUAUUAUUAUUAUUAUUGUUAUUCGUGACCUUAUCCGGCUUCAGAAUCGGUUUCAAGAUCGUUUUGAGAAAAAAAAAAUAACAACAACAACAACAACAAAAACAACAACAAAAACAGCAGGAAACAAAGGGAAGAGGGACGGAGCUCGCAGAGUUUCUUUUUCUCUCUUCCGUCUCUCGAGUCAAGGACACACACAGAUUCUGCGAGAGUUGCAGCUUCUGGAAGCUCGUCGUCGUCUUUGUCAUCGUGUCUGGAUAUUGAUCUUUCGUUCCCUUUUUUUUUCUUUUCUUUUCUUUUCUUUUCUUUUCCUUUCCUUUUCUUUCCUUUCCUUUCCUUUCCUUUUCUUUCCUCCCUUAACACCGUUUCUCAUCUCCGUUUCGUCCAACUCUUUUGCGCAACAUCGGGAGAAACUCUCGCGACACCGAGAGGGCGAGGACGACAACCGUCUCUGUUUGCUGCUGGCUGUGUGCACCGCAGACGCGAGUUAUCUACCUCGGCGGAAGAGCGGAAGACGUAGCGGAGGGUGGACGCGGGGGAGUUUUUCGGAGGAAAGAGGAACGAUGGCCACUUACGCGACCUAUAGACACGUCGAGCUCGACAAUGUUGGAUACGGAAAGAAAAGGGUGUUGAAACCCCCUGGUGGCGGAAGCAGCGACAUUUUCGGCGCGGCGCCCGAAGAGACUAGCCCCCGCCGCGUGAAGAACCACAACCAAUCGCAGCUGGGCUCCGCUUUGUUCGGCGAUACACCGAACAACAGCAACAGCAACGAAACGCCGCGCAACAAGCCCGGUAAUGAUUCAUACAAUCGCCUGUUUGGCCCUCCCGAUGCCCCACCCACCACCCCAAACGCGAAAAAUCACAUGCGCAGCAAUAUCUCCCUCAGCGGGGAGUCGAUGUCCUCGUCGGUGUCAUCAGGCGCCGCAACGUCGCCCGCGAAGAGCACCGGAAGCUCGGACUCGAUCGCGGGCGUUCUCAACGGAUACGCGGCCAGCAAUGGCAACAAUAUGACCAACGAUGUCACAGCUUUUAGGAGAAUCAAACGAUUUCGUGGAUCGUCCUGCUUAAUGCGCAACCCGGUCACCGGAGACGGAGUUGAUGUAACGCCUAUAAGGCGCAGCACACGAAGGUGUCGAGAUGGUAAUCCGGUAACCGGAAUUGGUUAUGGAGAAUCACAAAACAACGGACCAGCUGUCCAAAAUGGAACGACUAGCUCGAAUUCCAGCGAGAAAUCGAACGAUACAUCGCCAGCAGCAAAAGUUCCGGCACGUACACGCGUGCCACCUGGUGGAUAUUCAUCUGGACUGUGGUAAAAAUCUGUGGCCUCUUGGACAACCGCUAAUCGGCAUUUUCCUUUCGAUUGGCGUCGUAAACCCUUCCAGUAUUGGUAAAUUUGAAGAAAAUCGGAUCUUCAUUAAUAUCACUUCAAGAAUAUUGCUGUGAAUUGGUUGAUCCCUUGUUUCGAUAAAGAAAAGGAAGGAAAACUGAUUGUACGAAUUCUUUCGAAUGAUGAAUUGUAUUCCUCUGAUUUAUAUUAUUCAUAUGCGACGAUAGAUAGAUGUGUCAUGUUGAUCUUUGUAGUUAAAUUCGUUUCAAUAUUAAUUAUGGUUCGUGAUUUAUAUUGUUCGUUCGAAGUACGAAUGAGUUUUUAUAUUACGUAGAUUGAAAAGAAGUGAAAAUUUAAAGAUUAUAUGGUAUAAAUACGAGUUAUUCAGGUUUGUAUUGUAUUCUAAAUUUAUAUUCCAAAAAUCGUAUCUUAUUUGGAUUUAUUCAUAAGUUAAUUUACAUUCGUUAUUUUUUAUAUUCGACUAUUUUCGUUUUAUGUUCUAGAUUUUCCUCUCUGAAUUAUCAUUGAGGUUAGUUAACGAUGUUCGUCUUUUAUUUAUUUAUUUUUCUUUCGCGUUUUUUUUUUUAUUGAUCUUUCUGUUCAAUUGAAAGAAAUCGAUUUUUAUGAUGGCUAAAUAAUAUUCUUUCGUUAAGUUAGACAUUUCACUGGAAGGGUUAAUGCAAGAAGACAGAGAAAGUAAACUGAAAAGAGCAAACUGUCAUCUUUGUGACAAUUCUUAGGUCCUAAUUGCCGAAAUGAAUAGAAUAGUUGUUCGGUUUUCACUAUAAAAAAAAGAAAAAAAAGGAGAAAAAUAAAAAUAAAUACGUCAUUCCUUUUCUCUUCUAAAAAUCCCCAUUUUCACGAUUUUUUUUGUAAGCGCAUAAUUUUAUUCAGGGAAAACUAAAAAUUGUCCAUGUUUUUUGAAUCAUAAAAGAUAAAAAAAAAAUUUUGAAGAAGGAUGUAAGAUAGUUUUUCUCGAAUAUACUUUGUUUUCGAGAGAAUUUUUGCCUCUCUACCCCUUUCCAAUGUCCGGCUGUUCUCUUUUGAACUGCACCUUUCUAUAAUAUUCCAGAGAUCAUGUUAUCCUAAGGUAUCGAUAUUCUUUGAACCGUUAAUCCUACAUUGAUAAGAGAAUAACGAGAACAGAGAGAGAAAGAAAGAAAGAGAAAAAAAGAGUGAAAGAGGAAAAAAGUAUGGAAUAUAUUAUAAAAGGAGAGAGAAAGACACAAAAGACGAAUAAAAAUGAUUUUUUUCUUUCUUUUUUUUCACAAUGGAGUUUUUCGAAAUAUAAAAAUUGUGAAGGAUGUAGAAAGGGAAAGAAAAAAUAGAUCGAUUGAAAAAUGAAUCCUGCCAAAUUUUGAAAGGUAAAAAUUUAGAAGUGAGCGCCAUGAAAAUCAUGUUUUUUUAAAUUGAUAGACUGUUGUCGAUUGAUUUUUUCUUCGGAUAAAUAAAUCAAAUCGUAACUUGUUUGAUGAUGAAUAGCGAAAAAUUAAUGAAGAGAAAAAAAAGGUACGAACGUCCAGAAUGAAAUAGAGAGAUAGAUCGUGAUUAACUUGAAUAUAAUAAGGAAUAAUUAUAAAAUUAGAAAACGUUCGAUAAAACCUCUUGGAAUUGUAUAUUAGAAGUAGGCAUGUAUUAUUCGAAAGAAGAAAAAAAAAUAACAACCAUAAUAAUAAUAAUAAUAAUAUUAAUAAUAAUAAUAAUAUUAAUAAUGAUAAUAAAAAUACAUCAUAUAUAACCCAUUAAAAAAAAUAUGGUCAAGUGCUUUCUUAAUUUUUGUGCCUUUUUAAUAAUCGUAUCUAGUUUUUUCUUCUGCAUGAACGCCAUUUGUAUAAUUUUAUAGAGAGCACAGUUCCUUUUUUUCUGUUGAUUGUUUUAAGUUUUUUCAUUCAUUCGAUAAAAAAAAAAAAAAAAAAAAAAAACAGAAAAAUGACUUUCAGGCAUCGAAGCGUAAUAAUCAUGAAAAUAAUAUUAGUAGCAAAUUUACUAUUUACACAAAUAAUCAUCCUUAAUCAAUAUACAUAAAGGAUUAGGUUUAAUUCUAUUUAUCGCUGUAAUACUUACUCUUUUUGAAACAAAGAUUCAACGUAAUUCUAUCAGAUGAAAUAAUUAAUAAUCAUUCAUUUUUUAUAGUUGUUCGCUAUUUGCUUCUUUGUUAUUUCACAAUAAUGUAAGGAAUUGUAUUUAUUAUUUCAUAAUAAGAUUCGUGCACACGAUUUCUCUUAUACUCGAAAUAAAAAAAAGAAAAAGAGAAGAAAUAAUAUUUCUUCAUCAUUUUGGUGUGAGUAAAAAAUUAUAUUGUUUGUAUUGCAUCAUAUUCUCGUCUCAUAAGUAGCUCUUUUGUACUCUGGCAUUAAUUAAUAAAAUUUUGUAAGCAACAA